UCUACUUUAGAUUUCCAGCACCCUUUCUCCCCUCUCUCCUCCUCUCUUCUUCCCCGCCAGGAAAAGAAACGCCGCCGCCGCACCACCGUGAGAAUCUGGGACUAUUAUUGCCAAGACUCCGAAAGUAAAAAAAAAACCCUAAGAUGUCCUCCAUCAGAACCCCCAAAUCGAAACAACGCAUUUCUUCCUCAGACGACCUCACCGCACCUAACCCCACAAACCCCAGGCACCAAUCUCCGCCGCUCCCUCCGCCGAGCCGCCGCCACACCAAAACGCUAUCAUCCAUCCUCCAACCCGACCAAUUCCCCAGAUCCGGCCCUCACAAUAUUAAAAAAUUACGAAAAUGCCCCUCCGCACUCACCCACCACCAUCGCAAUCACCCCUAUAUCCCCACAACCCACCGAAUCAAGGAGGAAGAGGAAAUACCAAUCGAAAUCAGACGCGUCUGUUGAGCCAAAAAAGAGGGCAUUGAGGAGCACCAAAUGUAGAAAUCCCGACAACAAAGUUAAGAAAAGGGUGUACUACAAAAGGGUGAUGUACGAUGGAGUCGAGUUUUCGGCGGGGGACGAUGUUUAUGUGAAGAGGAGGGAGGACGCUAGCUCGGAUAACGACGAACCGGAGGAGGAAUGCAGAGUGUGCUUUAAGCCUGCUGGAAAUAAGAUUAUGAUUGAGUGCGACGAUUGUUUGAAUGGGUUUCACUUGAAGUGCUCCAAGCCGCCAUUGAAGGCGGUCCCCGAAGGAGAUUGGGUUUGUUAUUAUUGCACCGCCAAGAAAUCCGGAAAAAUAAUCGAAUUCCCCGAGCCACCGAAGGGGAAGAAGAGGGCUAGGACUGCUAGGGAGAAGUUGCUUUCGAGCGAUUUAUGGGCUGCUCGUAUAGAGAGUUUGUGGAAAGAAGUGGAUGGUACUUAUUGGUACCGAGCACGGUGGUAUAUUAUUCCGGAGGAGACUGCCCCCGGUAGACAAUCUCAUAAUUUGAGGAGGGAGCUAUAUAGGACUAAUGAUUUUGCCGAUACUGAGAUGGAGUCGAUUAUUAGGCACUGUAAUGUUAUGACCCCGAAAGAAUUCUCCAACGCUGGCAAUGAAGGGGAUGAUGUGUUUCUAUGUGAAUACGAGUACGACGUACAGUGGCAUAACUUCAAGCGCAUUGCGGAGAUUGACAGUAAUGAAAAUGAUGGUGAAGGAGCUAAGGAUGAUGAUGAGUGGAAUUCUCAGGAUGAGUCAGAUCUCGUCUCGGAAGAAGAAGUAGAAUUUGAUGACGAGAUCAAAAUCAGCUCACUGUCCAGACCAUCUCUAGCUCACCCCCUUGCUGCAAACUCGCGCAAGGGACGAAUAUACGGACUGCAAAAGAUUGGGGUUAAAAAAAUACCAGAACAUGUUCGAUGUCACAAGCAGACUGAUCUGGAAAAAGCAAAAGCGACACUCCUUCUUGCAACAUUGCCAAAGUCUCUACCCUGCAGGGAUAAGGAAAUGAACGAGAUAACUACAUUUAUCAAAGGUGCUAUAUGUGACGAGCAAUGCCUUGGAAGAUGCCUCUACAUUCAUGGUGUUCCUGGAACUGGCAAGACAAUGAGUGUACUUGCUGUGAUGAGGAGUUUGAAUGCUGAGGUGGAUGCAGGAACAAUACGGCCUUACUGCUUUGUGGAGAUUAAUGGUCUCAAAUUGGCUUCACCAGAAAGUAUAUAUAGCGUGAUCUAUGAGGGUAUAAGUGGACAUAGAGUUGGUUGGAAAAAGGCACUCCAUUUCUUGAACGAGCGAUUUUCGGAUGAAAAUAAACGUGGGAAAGAUACAAGGCCUUGUAUUCUUCUGAUAGAUGAACUUGAUCUCCUUGUUACAAGAAAUCAAUCAGUUUUAUACAACAUUCUUGAUUGGCCUACCAAGCCAAAUUCCAAACUUAUCGUACUAGGGAUAGCAAAUACUAUGGAUCUUCCAGAGAAGUUGCUGCCGCGCAUUUCUAGUCGCAUGGGUAUACAGAGGCUCUGCUUUGGUCCUUAUAACUAUAAGCAACUUCAAGAAAUAGUAUCUAGUCGCCUGAACGGAAUUAAUGCUUUCGAAAAACUUGCAAUUGAAUUUGCCUCUAGGAAGGUGGCAGCUGUAUCUGGAGAUGCUCGUCGUGCAUUGGAGAUCUGUAGGCGAGCUGCAGAACUUGCAGACUAUCGUGCUAAAGCACCUCCACUUUCUGCUAGCUCAGAUGCUGCAGGAAAACUUCUUGUAGGCAUGGCAGAUGUUGAAGCAGCAAUAAAGGAGAUGUUCCAGGCUCCUCAUAUCCAAAUGAUAAGAAGUUCUUCUAAGCUGAGUAAAAUCUUCUUGGCUGCUAUGGUACACGAACUUUAUAAAACAGGAAUGGGUGAGACGACAUUUGAAAAGUUGGCAAUGGCGGUCUCAUGUUUCUGUUCUAGCAAUGGAGAAAUAUUUCCUGGAUACGACACUCUCCUGAAAGUCGGAUGCAAGCUCGGGGAAUGCAGAAUAUUAUUGUGUGAGGCUGGUACACGGCACAAAUUGCAGAAACUGCAACUCAACUAUCCCAGCGAUGAUGUUACUUUUGCGCUGAAAGAAAGCAACGAUCUACCUUGGUUGGCCAAAUUUCUCUAAUUCGACAUUAUUCAGACGUCCGAAUUUGGAUGAUCCAUGAUGAGUUACAAUAUUUAUACUUUGUAUUUGGUUUCUUUAACUGUUAAAACUUUCUGGGAGGGAUUAA